AUGUUUUACCGCACCCUUCCUCGCCUUCAGCAGUUCUCCAAGAAUGCCGGCAUCAUGCGCCGGUCUCUCGAAUAUAUGAAAUUCGAAACCAAGAAAAUCCUCUCCGGCGGAUAUCUGAGUCCUGACUUCGAAGACCUUUAUUUCUUCAAUGCCGAAGACCACUUAACCCGUGAACGUAUCGACGUGAUGUCCGAUGCCAUCGACGGCGGCUACAGCAAAGCCGACUUCGCGAUUGUUUCCGAGGAAAAAUUCGUCUCCGCGAUCCCGGAAAAGCCCAUAUCGAUGUCAAACCCAGAUUAUGAAGAAUACAAACCAAAGACUCCAACCGUAUACGGCAUUUUCCAUGGUGGUAUCUCAAAACAACUGCCAAACCAGAAACAUAGACCCGAUGUUGAGGUUUCGGGAUUCGCAGCCUUUAGGACGAUGCAUCUGCCUAAAACAUUAUUUGGAGCUAGGACGUAUGAUUUGGGGUUCUACGAAUAUAUUGCAUUGAGAGUUAAGUCUGAUGGGAGGACGUAUAUGGUUAAUAUGCAAGCCGAUACAUACGAAGAAAGAGAUUUAUACCAGCACAGAUUAUUUACACGAAAGCCGGGAGAAUGGGAGACUGUGGUGCUCAAGAACGGUGCAUUCGUCAAAACUAUGUACGGUGGUAUCCUGCUAGAACAGCCAGGCAUGUUGGUGGAGAAGAUUCGAACAAUAGGACUCGGCGUUACAGACAGAGUCGAGGGACCUUUCAAGAUUGCGAUCCAUGCGAUUUGGGCGACAAAUACACCACCACCUGACUCCGUGGACGCCACUGUGGUUGACGGCAAAGAGGAAUAUCUCGACUGGGAACACAACAAGCACCGGGGAGAUCGUGUCUGGUGA